AUGAACGCAUUCGAGGAAGAAGUGGAAAGGAGAUACGUCUGGACAAUCUGCAUAUCAAUCUUCGUUCAAAUUCCUCUCCUUUGGAGCCAUCAUUCCAAGCUCAAUGUUAGCGGCAAGAAUAUCGUCCUCAAUUUUCUGACAGAGGACUACGCGAAGCGCAACGAGCCCCAUUUCGGAGAGACAAUUGGCCGUGUGGCUAACAGGCUGAAGAAUGCCACUGUGUGUCUUAACGGGCGUGACUAUAUGCUUGACAAGAAUGACCCAGCUAACUGCAUUCAUGGUGGGUUCAAGGGUUGGGAACAACAGUAUUUUUAUCCAGCACAACAAAAGACACACGGAAGGGAUGCAUGGAGGUUUAGCUAUACAAACAAAGAUAGCGAUGGGAAGUUCCCAGAAACAGUCGAAGUGACUGUCUGGUAUACAGAGUAUUACAAACAGGAUACAAGACGCAAGGCCAUGCUCGAGAUUGAAUAUGAGGAGUCAGCCCGUAACAUGGAGUGCGAGGAGACAGCGAAACAUGCUGAUAAUAUCUAUAUUUCCAGCUACUUCACUCUAACAGGAAACAAAACCAUUGCUGGGAGUAAAGCACAACUAUACGUACGCAGAUACUUGCCCAUCGACCAGACAGGUAUCCCAAACGGUACUAUCAAGGAAUUCCCCGACGAUAUUACGAAGCAAUUCGAACUAGAAGAAACUGCCCCUCAGAUUAACAAUUGUUUCGUCCUGAAAACCACAACUGAUCCAAAGUGCCUCUGGAUACGCGCCAGCUGGAUCUUCAAUUACUUGGCUCUUUCCAUCGCCCAGAUUCAGACAUGCAUUUGGAGGUUCUCAGUACGGAGCCAGCCUUUCAAUUCUACACUGGUGACCAUAUCAAUGUGA